AUGUGCAAUCAGUCAAUUCAAGCUCCUGCAGCCUCUUUCGUUGAAAUGGAGGUAGUCCACUGGCUUCGUCAACAACUUGGAUUUCAUGUGCCAUCAGGAUAUACCACUGUCACCGAGAUUGGAGGCAUCAUGACGGCCGGUGGCUGUCUUUCAAACACAGUUGGAAUGAUGGCUGCAAGAGAAUCAUUAUUCCCUGGCUCUGGAUUAACCGGUCUUCCAGUUGUAGCUUCCAAGAUCAGAAGAGCUUCUGGACAUCACCUUCUCGCAUGUGUUGCAUAUGCUGGAGACUCCAGAAGCAUGAGAAUCGACAAUCUUCACGAUAUAGGUGUCGUAUUGCGCAAGAACAAGGUUUGGUUCCAUGUGGAUGCUUGCCAUGGCAGCCAACUUGCAUUUUCUCGUACACAUCGUCACAGGAUUCGAGGCAUUGAGGAGGCAGAUUCGGUAACAAUCGACCCACACAAAGUCCUUUGGAUUCCGUACAUGUGCUCGUUCGCUCUGCUCAAGGAUCCCAAGUCCCUGGCAAACAUCUCGACCAACUCGGACCUGAUCCUGAAGACGCAAUGGUCCUUAGGACAAAUCACUCCAUGUGUUGGAUCCAAGGCAUUCGAUGCUUUGAAGCUCUGGGCCACCAUCAAGUACUUUGGUCGUUCCGGUAUUGAAACCUUAAUUGAUACAAGACUUGCACUCACCAAGGCGUUCCAGGACGAGAUCAAUCGACACACGGAAGUGCUUCUUCUCAACGAGACCGACAUCAAUGCAUGCAUGUUUAUAUUCAUGCCGCAAUCGCUCCACCAAGGAAGCCGAAUCUCGGCAGAAGAUGUUGAGAAGUUGAACGAAUGUAACCUCUUCAUCAAGACCUCCAUUCUGGAGAGCGGCGACGCUCUUGUUCACGGUUUCAACCUCAAUAGAUGCUCACACCAUUUGUUGCCAGAAGAUAAAGUUGUUUAUGUCCUCCGAACAAUCAAUGGAAAUCCUCUGACCACUGCUGGCCACUUGGAGGAAAUUUUGGAUACUGUGGUUGAUUUAGGACACCAAUUCUACUCAAAUGAAGAGGAAUAAGUGAAGUUGAGAGACUGGCAAAAACUAUUGGGCGUGGGGAUUUUGGUGAAUUGGCAUUAUGGAGGCAAUUGGCAUAUCGUAUUUAGUCGUGCAAAUUGGG